CAACGCAUUACCCACCUUCAUUUGGCUUUUUCAGUCCAGUUUUGACACUUUGACAGGAAACGAACCACCUAUUCCAUCAUUAUUUCCAUUUAUCCCUUUUACGCGGGUUUGGAUUUGUAUCUGUGAAUGCUGUUUAAUUCUGUUUGCAUGUGGAUUCUGAAAUAUCCAAAACUUUUACUUUUGAAUCAUUCCCACUGAGAAGAAGCAUCUCGAUCUCAAGCUGGUUAUUUUACCGGGAUGCGGGCGGCCAUGAUUGUAAACUGAGCUCAAAAUAAGAGACGUGGAAGCAUCGCCUGCAUCCUUUCUUUUGUCUUUGUUGCAUCUCAGCCUCUUUAAUCAUACAAGUCUCUGGGAUGUAAGAAGACGCUCAAGCAUUGCGCUUUGGUUUUUUUCUUCUUUUUAUCCAGAAGGAACUAACUUUUUAUCCCGAGGAAAAACUAUGGCGAGACUACUGUUGAACAUGCGUCUUGUUUUGGUUUUAUCCGGAUUAUUUUUGCUCUCUUAUCCAUCCGCAAGAGCCGAGCCGGAGCACCAGGACGAGGAGGAGGAGGAGAGUUCCUGUCAGGGCGCUUUUGACCUGUAUUUUGUGCUUGAUAAGUCUGGCAGUGUGAAGAAUCACUGGGAUGAAAUCUACGACUUUGUAGAGAAUUUAGCUGAGAAAUUCAAAAGUCCCAUGCUGAGGAUGUCCUUCAUAACAUUCUCCUCCAGAGCAUCCACCAUCAUGAAACUGACAGAAAACAGAGUGAACAUCAGAAAAGGGCUGAACUCUCUGAAAAAAGAGACUCCCGGUGGAGACACAUUCAUGCACCUCGGGUUGCAGAGGGCAAACGAGCAGAUACACCAGGAGAACUUUGGCACGGCCAGUGUGAUUAUUGCGCUGACAGACGGAGAGCUGCAGGAGCAUCAGCUCAUCACUGCGCAGCAAGAGGCAGAACGAGCCAGGUCUCUUGGAGCUAUUGUGUACUGUGUUGGUGUCAAAGACUUCAAUGAGACACAGCUGGCCACCAUUGCAGACACCAUCGAGCACGUGUUUCCUGUGUUGGGCGGCUUCCACGCCCUCCGGGGAGUCAUUGAUUCGAUCAUCAAAAAGUCCUGCAUUGAGAUUUUGGCAGCGGAGCCCUCCAGUGUGUGUGCAGGAGAGUCUUUCCAGGUGGUGGUGAGAGGAAACGGCUUCCUCCACGCCAGGAACAUCAACCAGGUGCUCUGCAGCUUCAAAAUCAACGACACUGUUACAGUCAAUGAAAAGCCGGCUGGUGUCGAAAACACAUUCCUACUGUGUCCAGCUCCGGUCAUUGAUGAAGUUGGGAAGGUGAUUUAUCUCCAAGUGAGCAUGAAUGACGGUCUGUCGUUCAUCAGCAGCAACGUGCACAUCACCACCACAGAGUGUUUUGAUGGAACCAUUCUUCUGAUCACCAUGCUGGUGUUAUUCCUGCUGCUGGCCAUGCUCUUCAUGUGGUGGUUCUGGCCUCUCUGCUGCACUGUGGUGAUCAAAGAACCACCUCCUCCACCUCCGCCUGAGCCCGAGUCAGAUGACGAAGAUGGCCUGCCCAAGAAGAAGUGGCCCACUGUGGAUGCCUCAUAUUACGGAGGAAGAGGAAUCGGAGGGAUCAAGAGGAUGGAGGUGCGUUGGGGAGGGAAGGGCUCGACCGAGGAGGGGGCUAAGCUGGAGAAGCCCAAGAACGCCGUGGUGAAAAUGCCGGAGCAGGAGUACGAGCCCUUUGAGCCCAAACCUAAGAAACCCCACAACAAGAAGGCUCCUCAGAACCGGAAGUGGUACACGCCCAUCCAGGGUAAACUGGAUGCUAUCUUGGCUCUGUUUCGCCGCGGGUACGACCAGGUCUCCCUGAUGAGACCCCAGCCUGGGGAUCAUGGUCGAUGCAUCAACUUCACAAGAGUGAAAGAAGAGUCAGCAGCAGCCAAGGCCCCACCUCGCACCCCGAUCCACACCCACUCACCCCUGCCCCCGCCCCCAGACUACCAGCCGGAGACCCCCUCCCCGUCUCCCACCGCCGCCAGCCCUCCCGCCAGAUCCCCCCCGCCAGGCCAGGUACCGCCGGGACCACCACCAACCCGCACCCCACCGGGGCUCCCCUGUGCCCCGCCAUCGCGCCCGCCGCCCAGCCUCCGAGCCUGAAUCACACAGACAAACCGCUCCCGCCUCCCCCGCUUAGGUAUCACAGACUGACCACUCUGUUGAAGGCUGUGGUCCUCGCUAAGCCAAAGAUACUCCUGCUAUAGGCCAAAGAUCAGUGUUUUCAAUCCCAGUCUUCUGUCUUGCUCUUCUUGUAUGGGCUAGAGUGUCAAGUCAAACUGUAAGCUGGCAGUUUAAGUCAUUUCAAACAUGCUGCCACCAGGCAUGAUAAACUCUAAGGGGGGGGGGAAUGGACCCGCGGCAAAAAAAAAAGAAGCAGUUUGACUUGGCAUUGUGUCGCACACAGAGGGCGAACGGGGCUAUUCGGGAUAAUAUUUUAGUCAGUGUUGGCAUUUGUGAGAUCAGGGGGGAUUGUUGCUGGACAGCAAAGCAUGUAGGGACAGGAAGUCCAAAGGAGAAUACUGCAGUGGAUGAAAUUUCUUUGUUGUCUUUAUCAACUACUGAGUUAGGCAAUUGUCAAGUGUUAAGAUGAAAAGUAAGUUGUACGUGAAAGUCUGAUUAACCGUGGUAAAAUACAGAAUGGAUUGGCUUAAUUCUUCAUCGCUGUGGUGGUGAAUAAGAGGUUUUCAAAGGAAUUUGUGCGUUGAGUAACUAAGAUAAAACGUGGGAAAUGUUGGACAUUGUUAAUUGUUCUCAGUGCCAAAGGGAUUCUUUUCUUCACCUUUUUGGGAUGUUUUUUUUAUCCACCGCCAUGCAGGAAAAAA